CCGGUAAGACCGAAGGUUACGCCAACUUAGUUACUAAAUCCGUGAAAUUAUCCUGCCUUGUACUAUAGUUGGUAUUGCAAUGAUGGAGCCUAUCUAUAACACGAUCCUGAGAGUUAUCGGGGCGGUCACCGUGGGAUAUAUUUCAUUCAAUUUGCUAUCGAAUAUUCUCCGUAGUAUCAAGGUCUAUUUCCUAUCCGGUCCGCUUGGAUUGGCCACAGAUCUGAGAAAACUUGGACAGUGGGCAGUUGUGACAGGCGCUACAGAUGGAAUUGGUAAAGCAUACGCAAAACAGCUGGCUGCUAAGGGUAUCAAUAUUGUUUUAAUCAGCAGAACAUUGACCAAGUUACAGAGUGUUGCCAUGGAAAUAGAAUCAGAGUACAAAGUCAAGACGAAGGUGAUUGCUGUGAAUUUUUUUCAAGGAGUUGAAAUAUAUCAGGAGAUUAAAGAAGGAUUGGAUGGGUUGGAGAUCGGAACGUUGGUUAAUAACGUAGGAACAAGCAGCUUACCCGAUUGUUUCCUAGAUAUCCCAAAUUUGGAUAAGCAUAUUCCAGAAAUACUUAACUGUAACGUGUUGUCAUGCACAAUGAUGACAAAACUAGUAUUACCACAGAUGGUAAAAAGAAGUAAAGGUGCUGUUAUAAACAUAGCGUCAGUAGCGGGAUAUCAGCCGAAUCCAUUCAGUGUCGUAUACUCAUCAACAAAGGCCUAUGUUGAUUUCUUUUCACGAGGAUUACAUGAGGAGUAUUCAUCAAAGGGAAUAUUUGUGCAGUCUGUGUUGACAUUCUUUGUCGCAACAAAAUUAAGUGGAAUUGAUAAAAGUGAGACCAGUUUUUUUGUUCCACUACCAGAAGACUUUACUAAAAGUGCCCUUGGUACUGUCGGGCUGCAGAGCCGAACACAUGGUUAUUUCUCACAUGCAUUACAGGUGUGGCUAGUGAAUCUCUUGCCACGAUGGUACAUUACACACCUCACAGAGAAGAUGUUCAUGGACAUGAAAAAUAAAGCAUUGAAGGAAAUAGCCCAGAAAAAAGAAUGAAAUAUUCUUGCUACUUAAUGUCAAAAUGUAGUAGUAAAUAAACUCUUUUGAAAAUGUGUUACCAAGGCAAC